AUGAAAACCGUAAACUCUUCAAAAUCUCAACGAGUCCUUGAGUUUGUUCCGUCAAUUAGACCAUCGUUCCUUUCGGUGGUAUUAGUUUUAGUUUGUGGAUAUCUCUGGCUGAAAAAUGAAGCAACAAACGAACGACUGAUUUCACUGGAAUCUCGUAUUUACUGUGUUCCUUGCACUAAGCGUGGCACUAUUGAUAAUCUUGACAGGAUGACUUUGUCACCGACAAAAGAUAUCGCAAUAGACCUUUCCAAGAAGAUGCAGACACAAGUUUCAGAUAAUGGGAACGGCUAUACUUCAGGUAAAAUUUAUUCUUACUCUUCUUACUUGGAUGGCCUUGUGUACAUUGAGGAUGUUUAGACCUGCUUUUGUUCUCCCUCGGUUAAGACAACCGUUCAUGACGUAAGUUCCCGUUAACAACACGGGAUCUUUUGCAAUUUCAAAAUAGUAUCAGAUUUUAACUUAAACUGUAUGAAACUGUUUUGUAAUGCUCCCUAGAUGUCAGUAAUUAUGCCAUGCCACUGCCAGUGAUAAAAAACCGAAGAGAUCUACAGCGUAAAUGAAGUUGAAUGUAUAAAUAAUGUGUCUACAAGGGCAGAGCAAGAUUCCUUCACGCGCCAGAUAGUCGAUAUCAUUACUGUACAGCUUUUCAACAAGAUUGUCUUUUUAGGAUUUUUAGCUAGACGGCAUUAGAUGAGGUUCCUUAAACGUUUCUUUAAGUGGGGGCUGCUUGUGCUUCUGGUUUGAGGUUAUUUGGGUCUCGGAAUUGAAAGGUAUUGCGUGACCAAUUUCAAGCAAUAAUGACCCAAUUUUUGGCAAUUUAUUUUCAGAUUUAUCUGCUUUCUUUAGAUUGAGCUAUUUUCGUUUCGCACUUUCUGGAUAAAUUUUCGAAUAGUAUAGACAGUUACUGUGUAGAUCAGUAUAGAAAAAUGGCGUGUAUUAAGAGACUUUUCAGUACAUGAUAUUUCCGUUUCUUUCAAAGGAAUUCAGAGCGAUUGAAAGUAGGUGUGUUCAAAACCUCAGUUAAUCUUUGGCUUGAAAUUUGUGCGAAGGUCUUAAGGUUCGAUUCUUGUUCCUUUAUAAGUUACCUUUAUCUGGAAAAGUCAGCGGUAUCAUUCUUUCCUUCCUUCUCGAUCUUGUUUAUUUUUACAAUUUAUCAUUGGACAGUUAGCCUGAAUUUCAUCCGAUUACUUCGAGUCGUUAUUACUCCCUCAGUUGUUGAGAGGAGAAAACGACUCGAAGCAAUCGGAUGAAUUUCAGGCUAUUGGACAGUGGCACCCCACAAGAACAUAGUUCAAAACCACUUAAACAUAGCAUUGCUGAACGUAUUUUAGUAUUUAAACGGUAGGUAUAGGCAUAUCUUAAUCCCCUAAAAAUUUUUGAUCUGUUCGAAUUUCCUAGCUGAAAGUCUAGUGAUCCGAAAAUUAUAGGGAUCAAACUUACCUUAUCGAGAAUUCGGCCAGAAAAAAGGCUCCCGAAAAUUCUAGGAGACCUUUUUAGGGUAAAAAUCCGUUAAAAAUGGGAAAUUAUACCAUUUUUUAGAUGUUCGAAAAUCUUAGGAGAGGCAGGCAGGCAAGAAAUUUUACAACAAAUGUUCCGAAAAUUCUAGAUCUCAAAUCGUCUUCCGAACAGAUAUUUUCCGAAAAUUGACGUUGGGUGCCCCUGAUUGGAUAAUUAACAGGUAUUAUCUAAUUUUACUUGACUGCAGUCAGCCCGUUGCCAAUAAAGGUAUCAGCAACCAUCCGGGUAAGAAAGCAAAGAAACGUUUUGAACGACACUUCAACUAGCAUCACCAUACUUGAAAUAAGAAAAGAACUCAGCAGACAGUUUGAACAACUUAUGCCCACCAAGUACUGUAAGUCAAGUGAGAAAGUCUGUCCUGCAGGUCCCCCCGGACUUCCUGGUCCCACUGGGGUAAGGGGACCACGUGGCAGGAGGGGCCCAAAAGGAAAGAAAGGUCCUCAAGGUCCCAUGGGACCUCCUGGAAAAUCUGGAAAAACAGGAAUAACGGGUCCUGCAGGACCGAGAGGAGAAAAGGGCGAUAAAGGAGAGCCUGGGUCAAAAGGCGUGUCGGGACCACCUGGAAGGCCUGGGAAAUCGAUAUCUGCUCCACAAGUGAUGUUGUCACCAGCAGAGCAGACACGAGAUGAGGGAGGAAAUACGGCAUUUUAUUGCACGGUUGUAGGAAACCCUUCCCCAGUCGUGGAAUGGCAAUUUAAGGGCACAAAGCUUCUGUCAGGUGCAAAGCAUCUGAUUAAAGAAGGAGAGUUGAUCGUUAGAAAUCUGAAUUACAGCGAUGCUGGACCCCACACAUGUGCUGCCAGGAACAUUCUUGGAUCGUCUGAGGCCACUAGCAACUUGACUGUUCGAGUUAAGAGGAGCAUUUAAGUUAGAGUUUUGUUAUAUCUGGCUGCUUGAUUAUGUAGGCUUCUUUGUGCUCAGAGAAUGCGAGAAUACGAGGUUUGAAUAUAUAAAUGGCACCGCUGUUUAAUCAUUUACUUUUAUCUCUUCUUCCAUUUUUUCUUAUUUCUUAAGCAGUGUAUAACGCCAAACUUUAAAUUUACUCACUCAUACCUUAUGCUAAUGAUCAAAGCCUAGUAUAGAUUUUGCUCAUGGGCAUUAGGCUAGUGGUCACGAGAGUAGUUCAACUUUUAAUCUGAGCCAUACAGACAUAAAGACAAUAAAUAAUGUUAAAGAUGAAAACACAUGACAGGAAUAUUUGGACCUUAAAUGAACGCGGGGGCACACAACACCAUCCUUCUCCUUCUCCCUUUGUAGCUUAGACCACCCGGGGAGGUUACUUAGGUUAAUUUUUGCUGGAUAUGUGCCGCUGGUCUCUCAGAACUCCUACCCCAUUAUAUUCUAUGCAUGCUGGUCGAUCAUGUAUUGGCUCUAUUUCAGGUCUUCCAGUCUUCACAAAAGUUCCACCUUCACUUGCCACACCAGCUCAAGGCACUACGUUUCAAGUAACAUGUCAAGCUGAUGGAUAUCCUCGCCCCACGGUAACUUGGACUAGAGUAGGAAUGCCUUUACCUGCUGGAAAGACUAGUAUAAACCAAGGCACACUUACGAUUAACAACUUGAGUCCUGCUGACAACGGUUUUUACGACUGCGUAGCUACUAACAUUAUGGGAAGAAAGAAGAAAAGAAUCAACCUAGCAGUACAACUGCGUUCAGGUUUGUAUUCAAGGCACCGUCUCACUCUGUAUAUACCUGAUUCAAUAAAAGGUUGCUUUGGCAAUUGGGCACUGGGCAUUUGGGCGUACGCAAGUCACUGCUAUGAUAUUGCUUGAGCGUCCACUAAACAACAGCUUCCCAGUGCGCAAUUAUACAAUGCCCAAAGCAAGAAUCAGGUACCGUUAGAUUAAACGUUCAUUUUAGUAGUGCAAAUCUUCUUAUCCAGCUUGCGAUCUUUGUUAAACACCAGAUAAGAGUGUUCAUUAGGAAGGACAGUUUUUCGAAAGUCUAACUUUGCCACUGCGAGAACUAUACGGCUAUACCGAAAUAUAUCGCAGGGUGAUCUAUUUGAAUACCGCUUUUUUUUUAUUUUUAUUUUUGUUGUUUCUUUGUUUGUUUGUUUGUUUAGUUUUCAGGCAUUCAAAAGCCAUCUAAUCACUGCUAAAGCCAGAAGAGAGCUACUAUCAUUGCGACUGUAUGUUGCGCUUACAGAAAUUUGCAACUUAAGGCAAUUAUGCGUGUUUACUAUUAAGAGUUUCAAUGAUCUUAAAUGCUUAAUCUUCCUUAAUAGCGCGCAAAUCACGUACAUGCAUGCAUAAAUGCUAUCUUGCAAUGCUAGUCUUUUUCUCAAUAAAUUCAGUUGUUUUAACAUGUUAAAAACUUUUUACCAUGUCAUUUUAUGGACUUUGACUUUUAAUAGGUAGAUUUUGAAAGCUCAGUCAUUGUGGGAAACAACAGAAAUCACUUGACCUUGUUAAGAAACUGGCUAGCACCUGUGACAAAAAGCGUCUCUGGAAACGCUGUUGGCGUGCAUCCUUGGACGGCUGGGCUGCAAGUACAUUUCACUCCCAAUGUGACGGCAAGGGCCCGACUGUGA